GAAAUUAAAUGAAAGUAAGUAAUUAUAUAUAUAAAGGGUCGGCAAACCAACGCUGCAUGCGUAGGAAUGAAGCAAUUUUCUCUACAUUUGGAAACGCGAGAGUCCAGUAUUUGCAUUCCAAAUGCCUACAAUGGCUAUCCAAACAAACUACGCUAAAUUCAACUGGUUUCCCAGCGGUCUUCCGGUGUAUCUUAACUUGGUUCCUGCUAUUUUGCAGUUGGUCGUGGUUCAGAGCAAUAUUUUCGUCGUUGCGGUUUUUCUAGGGAAAAAAAUGUACUUUGGCAUCAAUGUGAUUCUUAUUGGGAUGGCAAUAGCAGAUGCGGCAAGUGUGACUUUGCUGAUGGUAUCGUAUUGGUUCGCUCUGGUACUAUAUAAUCAUUCCUCGGGUUCAUUCACCGAGAACCAGGUCCAUUUCCUGUGUGUGACGUACAAAUACGGAACAAGCGUCUCCAUCACGUUCAACAUGGUCUCAAUAUGGCUAAUGGUGUGUCUGGGAGUUGUGAAAUUUUUACUGGUGCGUUUUCCAUUGCAGGCUAAGAACAUGCUAACCACUGGUAGGCUGCUAUUUGCAACGUUUCUGGUUUACGUGACAGCCAUUCUGUUUACGUUUCCUCACUAUGUCACCGAUAAUUACGAUAUGUCGGCUAAAAUCUAUUACGGAAAACCAAAAGACCAAGAUAUUUUCUAUUGUGCUAUUAGAAGAAAAAAAGAAGACGAUUUCGUCAUGUAUUUGGAAAACGACGAUCGGUUAGUGCGAUCCAUUUGCGUUCAUCUCAUCCCCAUUGUUGUACUUCUGUGUACCAAUUCAUUUUUCUGCUACAAACUUGUAAGAAAGAACGGCAUCGUCGACCCUUCUCCGAAAUUCUUACGAUCUGUGAAAAUCGUCUGUGCUCUUACUGUCAUUUAUUUAUUGACAGAAAUACCAUUCACAAUUUUCUUCUGUCUUCAAUACUACGUGGGGGUCACAGAGAAUCCAAUCAGCUUCCACGUAACAAACGUCUUUUAUAUAACGUUUACGCUAUACGUGCUGCGAUUCCUGAAUUAUCUCAGCAAUUUCUGGGUUUACCUUGUUCUGAAUAAGAAAUUCCGUCAAGCUUGUUGUUCUAUGUUUUGUCGAAGAAGAAUUUAACAUCUUUGAUAAAAAAUUAUAAUAAAAUUUUUAAUGGGA